UGAAACUGGCAACCUUGGAUAGCUAACAAAAAAUAUUUACAUCCGCAUCUGGACCCACACCAGCGUUGACCCUAUGGGACAAUCUGAAAUUAUAACCAGAAUAAUCGAAAUCAGAUACGAUGUUUCGAAUUCCGCUACAAAGCGUUUUACCUACCGGCACCUAUUCACGGAUUAGUUACUUGCGUUCGGCGUUGCUCAUGGUACGUUCUUGUUCUUCAUCCGACAGUUCUGCACAAUUGAAAGAACACCGCUCGUAUAGCUCACCGGAGGAACUUUUUGAAAAGGUAAAAGAUAAGAUUCACUAUAGCUCGUACGUAGAAAGCAAUACUUUAAAACUGGGUUACAAACGAAACAAAAUAUUCGAGAAAAAGCUUCGGGCUGCAGAAUACCGGCAUAUCCGGGACCGUGUUGAUGUACAGCCCUUCCCAGUUGCCCUGCAACAUCUCUAUGGGGAACGGCUAGAGGAAGAACCGUGUGAAAUUGACGAUACGGUUGAAGUGGUAGACUAUCUGCCCUAUCAGAAACUUGAACUAAAAGUGCAACGCACUACCGACGCGAAUACCCAAUCACUGGUAGAGCAAGCUCCAACCACCGGCGAAUGGAUGUCCGACUAUGAAUACUACGAGGAAGACGAAACGGAUGAGCGAAAAUCAUUUUAUGGAACACCGGAUCCGGCGGAACCGGUUUCCAGCAUACCGUGCGGUGGUUGUGGAGCCAUGUUGCACUGUGUCGAACCCAGCAUCCCCGGUUACCUGCCCAGUCAGCUGUUUAAGAGGAAAUCCAAACAACAACUCAUGACGAGUGUUUGCCAGAGAUGUCACUUUUUGAAAACUUAUAAUACGGCAAUUAAUGUGACUGUUUCGCCGGAAGAUUAUGUGGAAAUGAUUUCGCGCAUAAAAGAUCAGAAAGCGAUGGUCCUGUUAAUGGUUGAUCUACUAGACUUCCCAUGUUCCAUUUGGCCGGGUCUAUCGGAAAUUCUCGGCCCGGACAGGUCGAUCAUAGUUGUUGGCAAUAAGGUGGACCUGUUGCCGAAAGAUUGUCCAGGUUACUUGGACGACAUACGAAACAAUCUUACUAAGGUUAUGCUUGAAGCGGGUUUCGACAAAAACAAUAUUAAGCAUGUGGCGCUGAUUUCAGCUACUACUGGAUUCGGAGUGGAACAGCUGAUUACAAAAUUGCACAAUGUUUGGGGCACCCGCGGGGACGUCUACUUGGUAGGAUGUACAAACGUGGGUAAAAGUUCACUAUUCAAUGCCCUGCUGAAAUCCGAUUUUUGUAAAGUACAGGCUUCCGAUCUUGUACAAAGGGCAACUGCUAGUCCUUGGCCUGGAACAACGUUAAGAAUGUUGAAAUUUCCCAUACUAAGAGCGUCGGAUUAUCGCUUAUUUCUUCGUACAAAAAGAUUACAAUCCGAGCGGGUAAAACAGAUUGAAGAGAACAAAUUACGUAGACAUCAAGCUAAAAGUACCGGAUUGGUUAAACAUGCUACUUUAAUAGGUCACAUCGGAAGAACUUUCGUCCAGGAACAAUCGGAAUCGAUGGACCAUUUUUCGGUUACCCAGCGAGGCAGUACGGGCGCAGUACCUAUUUUGACGUUGAACGAAAAAAGCGACAUUUAUGUCAACAGCAAAUGGUGUUACGAUACUCCGGGUGUUGUUCAACCGGAUCAAAUUACGAAUCUUCUAACUACGGAUGAGUUACUCCAGGUAUUCCCCAAGCAAAUGAUCCGUCCCCGAGCAUUCCUUCUUAAAACAGGAAUGACCCUUUUUCUCGCUGGUCUUGGGCGUUUGGAUUACCUUGAAGGUCUACCUACUACACGAGUCCUACUAUACGCUUCACCGAAGCUACCGACGUUGAUUUGCGACACCGAUAAAGCCGAUAUGAUCUAUCACACUUUGCUGGGUUCAGAGUACCUGCGAGUACCUCGUGCAGACCCGGACCGACUGGCUAAGUGGCCUCAGUUGCAAGCAUCGACUGAUAUUCUACUAACCGGUAUCGCGAAACACAUAUCCGUUGCAGAUAUUCUACUCUCAUCCGCCGGAUGGAUUGCCAUCAAUUUACCCGCCGGUGUGGAAGCUACCUUCCGCGCGUGGACUCCGGAACGACGAGGCAUUUUCGUCCGACAACCGGCGCUGCUAGCGCACGGGAUGAAUCUGCGAGGGAAAAGAAUACGAGGGACGUUAGCAUACCGGCUGGGGGACGCCUUUGUUAAACAAAAGGAAUGAAUGGUUGAUUGACAUUGUGCAAUUAGGUGUAUUACAUGUUCUUGUUACGAGGGUAAGUUUAACUAUUCGAACAGUACUAGAUAUUUUUUUAAAUAUACUGAAAUAGGGUAACCCUGUUAUAGUUGCUUGUUUUAGUUUUGAUUGGCUUCUCACAAUUAUCAAUAUCAGACAAUACAUAAAUAAUGCUCAACAUGUCUCUAUAAUAAAUGA